CCAAGAUGGGAAAUGAAAGGGACAAGGAGGAGGCUGAGAUGGCGGGGAAGAAAGGAAUAAGAAGCGAUGAAGGGGUCACCCUGCUCUGAACGGGGUUUGGUUUGUUUGCUGUUGAUUAAUGUACUUGGUGGUAAAAUUAUUGGGCAAGAUGAAAACAACAGCACUGUCAAAGCUCGCCGUGAUAGCCGCGGCUGCCGUUGGCGCUGCCUUGGGCGGCUCCGAGCACGGCCGCGAUGCCGAACCCCCAACACACGCCCUGAUGAUCCGGGGCGCCAGCAACCCGCUCGACGGCCUCGCGCCGGCCGUCGGCGACGCGUUUGCGGACAAGAACAACGGCACGGGGGGCUCUUUGCUAAUCUUCGGGCGGCAGACCCUGACGUGCCCGGCUUCGGCGCCGGCGCGGUGCGGGGCGGGGUGCUGCGGGGCGGCGGACAAGUGCUGCACGACGUCGUGCUGUCCCAUCGGCAACGCCGGCACGUGCUGCCCGCUGUCCAUGGGCGGGUGCUGCCUCACCACGGAGAACUGCGUGCCGCUGCGCGACAAGUGCUGCCCCAAGGACGCCCAGACGUGCGGCGGCUCCUACUGCUGGGCCGCCGGGGCCACGUGCUGCGACGGCGGCUCCUCGGCUUGCGCUGCUGGCUCGACGUGCUGCGGCGCCGGGUGCUGCGCUGCCGGUAAGCAGUGCUGUGGCGCCGGCCAGGGUUGUUGUGAUAGUGGCGAGACGUGCUGCCCCGGCGCGUGUAAGUCUCUCUCUCUCUCUCUCUCGCCUCUCUGAUACUGGCUGAACAUGAUAUUUAGGCUGCCCGUCUGGCUAUGAGUGCUCCACCCGCUACGGCUACUGCAGGCGCAAAACGGCGCCGAGUCCAACGCAACCGACGCAGACGACGCCCACGGCCAGCAGCAAAUCGUCAGCGCAGCCGACGGCGCCCAAGCUGACGACGCCGAAGCUGCCCUCGUCU